ACGUGCGGCGGCAGUUUUCAGAUGCGGCGCGUGCUGGUUCAUACGCGGAUACGUCAAUAAGAGCGGAAGGUAGUUGUUGGCACCAUCAGGCAUCACACGUACAACUUAUGCCUGACGCCAUGUCUGACCAAUAGAGCCGAAGGAGCUCCGUUUUUGUGCAUUAAUGUUUUUUUUCUUGCGCGGGCGACGUCUGUCUGGAGCUUCUGCAGCUGGCGACAGGCCUGGGUUGUUGCCAAACGAGGGCAACGUUCUUAUACCGGUAUAAAAAGGUGCGCGGAUCGCCGGUACACACCACUAGCUUCAUUUGAGCUUUCUCAUUCGGCUGUGCUCGUAUCGUGAAGAGCCAGAGAGUCACCAUGAAGGCGUUUCUGGUCUGUGUCCUGCUCGCCACGGUCGUCGCUGUGAGCUUUGCUCACCAUCUGGAGCUCUGCAAAAAACAAGACGAGCAGCUCAAGAAUGAACUGCAGUGUAUUGGGCUUCACAUCUCUGCGGAGGCGAACCAAAGUUUUGACAAGGCGUUGAAGACUCUCGGCUGCCAGGACUGGAGCUGCGUGAUCCGGAAGCUCUGCGUCGGAAACGACCUGGAAGCCGCCAUGGCCAACCACUUCACGAAGCCUCAGAUCACCGAGAUUCACAACGCUGCCACCACCUGCGAUCCAGAGGCAGGGCACCACCACCACCACCACUGAAUGUGGUCCACUCUAAAUAAAUUCAAGAACGGAGCCUUCGUUGGGCAGACAGUUCCUACAACUUCCAGAGGCAUACCACCAAGGGACUGCAGGCAGCUUUAUGUCUUGUAUGGCAAAUUUUUUUUACCUUGUCGCAAUAAGGUCAAAUAAAGACACCUUUGC